GCUCAGUUUAAUCUCGUGGGCAAGACGACCUAAUCAUCUUGGCGAGGAAAAGAAGCUGUGAUCGAGCUAUCGAUCGAAUAAAAAAGAUAAAUACAGCCAAGUUGUAAAUAUCGGUCUAAAGUUAACCGAAAAUAUCGAGUAACGAGUGUCUCUCUGUGUAUGACAGUCUAUCGAUCAAUCUCGACUUCAAGAUUCAUUCCCACGAUCCCGCGCGCAGUGGUACGCGCGUAUAAAACGUGAAUUGAUCCACAAAAUUCACAGACGACAAAUCCACACGCAGGUGGUAUCUGUCAUUGGUGGUGUCUAUACCUUUCUUCGGACAUAUCUAUAUUGUUUCAUGUAAGAGCGUAUAGUCUCAAGUGUCAACUCACGAGUCAAAUAUCAAAUGACAUGGAGUCCGCGCAACUGACUGAUGAUUUGAACGAUCACCUACAGCACCAUCAUCGAUAUCACUAUCAUCAUCAUCAUCACCAUCGAGGUAGAACGCCCGUGAGUGAGAUCGGUGACGACGAAUGCAGCACCGACAGCGGCUGCAGCAGCGGUGGCAGUACCGGAAGCGGCAAACGUCUGUCGCGGCGGGGUAGCAUCAGUGAACGAUUGUGCAGAUCCAGCAGGUCUCCGAGAAUACAUUGCUACCCAGAGCGGCUGCGAGGACGACCGACGCGGUCGCAGGAGCGGCUUAGCACUAGCGUGCAGAGAUCGUCGGAACGCACUUGGAGCCCUCCCGAGGACAUCAGGAGUUUACAUCGUGCAGGUGGUGUCUCGCCCUCGUCGUACUCUUCCAGUCCCUCAGAUGCGCACAGCAGUAGCGAUAGCGAUUCCCUCAAAAGACCCUCCACCGCGGAAACUUUACGACGGGCUUUUCAAAGUCUGAAGAUCACCUCAUCCAAGUGGGAUAGCAACAAGGAGAAGAAGCACGCGAAGAAGAGCCCGAAGAGGAUUUUGCGUAGUCCAGUACCUUAUAUAUAUGUGCGAGGACCGUCCGGUCUACCCACUCAAAGGAUUCCUCGAAAUUCCAGCUUUCAGCAGCAAACCGCGAUACAGCCCUGCUCCUACCAGGAUCUGUGAUUGAUCUGCGUCAAUAGAUAUCGACACAUAGAUGGACAAAUUUGUAGAAAAUAUCAUGAGUUCCAUAAAUAUUGCAACGCAAGACCAUCAAGAUACUCGGUCAGAAGAAAUUAAAAAAUUAAGUUAAUGAAAUAAAACGCGCGAUUGAACGUUGCUUUUUGAUCAUCGUGCUUGCAAUAACAUAUCUUGUCCUCGUCACGACAAUUAUAUAUAUUACCUUUACUAAAACAAUGAAUUCGUGAAUUCGCCCGCAGGACUCAGAAAAAGAUAUCCGUAAUUUCUAAGCUCCUUCUCUAAUUCCUUCUUUAUUCUUUUUCUCACUCGUCGUUUGUUCGACCACGCAAUUAAUUUCAUGAUGCGAUUUACACGACCACCGCGAAACUUUUCGAGACAAGUUUUUCUCUUUCAAGUAGUAUAAGUCAAGUGUAACGCCGACUUAACAUGAAUUUGUUCGAAUCAGCGAGAAAAGAAAAAAAAACGCUAAGAAAAGCAAAAGAAAGACAAUGAAUGUAAAAAGAGAUUAUAAAGUUAAAUUAAAUAUACGAUUGUAUUGGCUGCAGAUGAUCCUCGAUACCAGAAGCAGAACUUAUUUGCGUAUUAUCAAUUUACGAAGAAGUAAACAAAAAAAAAGAAUAUAUACUCGAUCUCGAUCGUUGAUUAUUUUCUGACUUACUAGUUCUGAAUUAGAAUAUCAAGAAAAUAAGAUAAACUUUCAUGUAUUUAGAAUAGUCCGCGCGACAAUUUCUAUAAUACUUGCUUACUCUUUUGCAAUAUUUUUUUUACUACAAAACUUUACCGUAUUAAUCGCCGUAGACUAUUUAUUAAAGCCAAAAUACUUAUGUUACGAUAUAUGCACACAUAUAAAACUAUAUAGUCACUUAACUCAAUUAGACAUUUUUCUCUAGUCUGACUAAUGUUCUCUAUUAUUUAGCGCAUGCAAGAUGUUUAGGAUGUACGAGCGUGCAGACUGAUAGGUUUAAUGUAUAUUAAUUUAUACUGUCAUCAUUUAUCUGUAUAAAGUUAUGCAAAGUUUUAUUAA